UGCAUUAUUUAGACCGUAAUUACAAUAAUGGCUACUCCAUCAAGAACAAGAACCCACUAUAGGAGGUACCUGAGGGAUGCUUCAGCUCCAAUACCUAGAUCAACCCUCUUACGCUAUAAGAAGUUAGCAAGCAAUAAGUCAGUGCCAAACCCGUUGCAAGACAUCAACCUGCCACCCGCAUCUUCACCAGCACUCUCCAUGCCCCCAUCUUCACCAACACCCCCUUCUUCACCAGCCCUAUCUUCACCACUCUCCACGCCCACAUCUUCACCACACUCCACGCCCACAUCUUCACCAGCACUCUCCACGCCCACAUCUUCACCAGCACUCUCCACGCCCACAUCUUCACCAGCACUCUCCACACCCUCGUCUUCACCGCCCUCAUCUUCACCACUCUCCACGCCACCAACCCAUUCAAAACUUCUGUAUCCAGGUGCAAACGUCACUGUUUUUGAAGCAUUAUGUGCCAUCAUGCAAUUCUGUACGUCCUUCAAGUUGUCAUAUACUGCAAUAGGAGCACUUCUAACUCUAUUGAUAUUCAUCUCCCCCGAGCAAAACCUAAUACCUCCCACCCUCUACAAAUUGAAAAGGUUUUUCGAAAGACAAACUCCUGUUCACAGCCAUAAGAAAAUCUGCAUGACUUGUGACGCGAACAAGGAAGAGUGUACCUGUGAAAAUCUCCAUUCACCUACUGCCGACUUAGUGCAUUUGAACAUUACAAAAUCUGUGGAGGCAGUAUUAUCAAAAAACUCUAAUUCACUCAUUCAACUGCCUGAACUAUCAACUGACGACGAAAACUUGAGUGAUGUUUGGGAUGGAGCUGUAUUACGUGAGGGAGUAAUUUCAGGUAAAUUCUCUGGUGGGGAUCGUCUUGCCCUUUCGAUGUCUACUGAUGGUGUCCCUAUCUUUAAGUCGUCAACUGUCAGUAUGUGGCCAGUGUUCUUGGUGAUCCUUAACCUCCCAGCUAUAAUUAGAACAAAUGCUGAAAAUGUGAUAUUGUCAGCAAUUUGGAUAGGUCCCUCAAAGCCGAACAUGAAACGCCUCUUACAACCCCUAGCAAGUCAAAUUGAUAAACUUCGCGUUUUUGUAAAUACUUUUCAAGGACCUACACGUUUUAAAGCAUCAGUUGUGUUGGCAAUAUUUGAUUUACCUGCAAAAGCUGCAGCUUUGUGUGCCAAACAGUUUAAUGGCCAGUAUGGCUGCUCUGUUUGUCUCCAUCCAGGCAAAAGAAUGCCGAAUAAAACACUCAUAUACCCGCCGGAUACAGUUUACCCUCUGAGAUCGCACACUGAAGUCGUUAGUAAUGCUACAGAAGCUGAAGCUGGUCAGCAACCAGUCAAUGGCAUUUUGGGGAUAUCUCCGCUCACAUCUAUGAUCAACUUAGUCGAUUCUGUACCUGUUGACUACAUGCAUGCAGUUUUGGAAGGCGUAACACGGUGGCUGACUAAGUCUUGGUUUAAUUCUGCUAACCACGAAGAACCAUACUACCUUGGACGUAAGAGUGCUGACAUAGACAAUGAACUUCUAAAACAAACUCCCCCUCAUGAAUUCAGUCGCCCCCCCAGGUCUAUUCAGAAACAUCUUGCGUACUGGAAAGCGUCAGAACUACGCACAUGGCUUUUGUAUUACUCUCUACCUCUGCUCAUUGACUACCUGCCAUCACUUUUCUGGCACCACUAUGGACUGUUGGUGUGUGCGAUUCACAUUAUGUUGGGGGGUAGGAUAACACAAGAUGAAGUCAAUUGUGCUGAGCAAAUGCUCAUAGAUUUUUGUGUCUUACUUCCAGAACUAUAUGGUGACAGAAGCUGCACAGCCAAUGCACAUCAGAUACUACAUCUUGCAAAGUAUGUUCGUCUUUGGGGGCCUCUUUGGACGCAUUCCUUAUUUGGUUUUGAAAAUAAGAAUGGACACUUAAAGCAUCUAUUUCAUGGCAAGUCACAGAUCGCUAAUCAGCUUCUUUUCAAUGUUGAUGUGAGUUACACACUACAAUUAACUUCUGUUUGCAAUCCACAGAGAAAAAAUAUGACUAAACUGAGUGAAAACACAUACAUUGUUGGAAGACUAGUAGCUUCAAAGCUAACUUCAGAACAAUCAUUGGUAUUAUGCCGCACUGGUACCGUACAAGUAUUCUUCAGGCUCUUUAAAAAUGGUGUAAUCUUUCAUUGCCGUAAGUACUCACGUGCUUUAACAGGAAAACGAAGAAAUACGCACUGUUGUUUCGUUUCUAAUGGAGCUGAAGAAUUUGGUGAGAUUGAACUGUUUAUAUAUGGAACUGAACCUUGUGCCUUAAUAAGAAAAAACAUACCAUUUUCAUCAACACUACUACACAUGACUGGUAAUCCUUCACGAGCGAUACUUUCCACGUACAUGCAGGCGGACUUACUUAACAAUUAUAUUGUACCAGUUGACGUAUCCACUUCUCACUCCCUUGAAGUAGUCUCUUUGAGUAACAUUUUGUCUAAAGCUGUUUUUGUCAAUGCCUUCAAUAGAUCGUACUGUGUUAAGCAACCAAAUACACUUGAAAGACACUAACUUGUGUACCUAUCUAAAUCAACUGUUUAUAAUUAUAUAGUUUUUUUUAUAAUUAUUAUGUUGUUGAA